UAAAUACCUCUAUGGUAAAUACCUACGCAUGUGGAUAGGACUGCAUUUGUACAUGUGAGGAGCAAGCCAUGGCUCAAACACUAAACUGUAUCAAGAAAACCUCUUCUAGAGACUUGUUGACCUGUGGCAACGGAAAAGGAAUUCACGAGAAACUGCUGUUGAGCUCUAAAAGUGCUUCGCUCCAGACAGAAAGGGUCUCUAGAAGUGGUGUCUUGGAUAAAGUGCAGAGUUUCCUUCCCCAAAUGGCCCAGGCCAAUGAGUCUCUAAGACAUCAGAUGGACGAGGCUCCCGCCGGUUUCUUUGACAUCGAGUGUGUGGAGAAUGCAGAGAAAGUCAUUGAGAUGGAUGUGGCUCUGGUUGAGCUUGACGAAUCAGACAGCAGCGAAGAGUCAUCGUCAUCAUCAUCAUCGUCUUCAUCAUCAUCUGAGGAAGACAGCUCAGAGGAAGAGCUGCAAACUGUCACUGCAAAGACACUGAAACUUCCAGGAGACAGAAAGAAAAAGGCCAACAUAGAGGUGUUGGAGAAAGAGGGCAAGUGAGAGAGCACAUACUGGAACUCUGGGAGACAUUUCUGUGCCUAUGGAUUAAAUGCAUGACCACAUCAAGUCUGUGUUUGUUUGGGAUGAGCACAGACCAGUGAUUUUAUGUCCUGUUGAGCUGACGGACUCAUGACGAACAUUUCAUUUCAAUUUCAAUUUUGGAGAUGUUUUAUCAAGGGGAGGGACUCAGUCUCAGUUGAAUAUACUUGAAAAAAAAAUUAUGCAUUACCUAUAUACAAAGUAAAAGUUCUGUUUCAUUCAAAAUAUUCUAAAAACCAAAAACAAAGUUUUGCUAUUUCCGCUCUUUAUUUUAAACAGAGUUUCCCAACGCUCCUUUAAUAUAGUUUGUAGUUGAUGUAAAGUUAAAAUACCGUUGUGUGUGUUUGACAAUAUGACACAUCCUGUGUGAUUGACAGCUUAUACACAAUGCAUGUCAUUGUGUGUAACAAAAGCAUCAUCAGCGAACACUUGGCAACAGAUAUUAUGUAAAUAAUUCCCAUUGUACUGAAUUCAAGAGUAUAAGUUACUACAUAAAGCAUGUCUUAUAUUUUUUUGUACAAAUAAAUAACUUCCUCGCAAAGAUAACAGCAAGUUUGUUAUUCCCUUUCAACAUACCCAAUUAUCUUGCAGCUGUCUGGAAUGCAUAAUUAAAUAUAUAAAAUAAGACUUGUCAAAUCCUCUAAUAAAAUAUAUACAGUUGUGCUAAUAAAAAUGAGUGAUUAUGUGAAAAUGCUACACGUAUUAAAACCCUUAAAUUGUACAAAUAUGGUACAGAUAUCAAAGUGGCAGUGAUGCGACAUGGCUUUUAAAUAUUAGACUAUAUAUAAAACUAAGGUCGUGUGAGUGUUUGCAACUG